AAAUCCUGAAUAAUAGAUGGGAAAAUAGAGAGAGAGAGAAUGAGUAGUAGCCAGUGGCAGUGAGGAAGAUAAUACUAAUAAUGUUGAUAACGGUGAGAGAGGUUUGUUGUUGUUGUUCUUCUUCUACCUCUUUUGGGUCCCUUGGCUUCAAACAGUCUUCUUCAAGGCUACCAAACUCAAUCUGCAGAGGCAGUCUUGCUGUUCCUGUUCGGAGAAAACCCACCGCCGGUGUCCCAACAUGGAACCUUGGCCUUCGCUCCAACGCCAACAGUUGUGAGGGUUCGGUUUUUGAUCCACUGGGUAUAGAUUCAGAUAACUCAUUGGGUCUAAGUGAUUCUCCUUGGGAAAGUGUCCUAAGCUUUCUUUCACAAAAAUUUGAAAGUACUUCAAGUACAAGAAAGGAGAAACCUUCUUCAGCUAGAGGAGUGGCAGCUGCAAUUGAAGAUACUUCCAUCGAUUUUGGGGACUUCUUCAAAGGACCAUUGCCAGGAAAAUUUCUCAAGCUCUUGGGGUAUUUGGCCCUUUCCCGACUGGGAAUAUAUGUACCUCUCGGUGGAGUAAAUCGUGAGGCUUUUGUUGGCAAUCUAGACCAGAACAGUUUACUGAGCACUUUAGAUUCAUUCUCUGGAGGAGGCAUUGGUCGACUUGGAAUAUGCUCCCUUGGUAUUGUUCCCUUUAUCAAUGCACAAAUUGUGUUUCAGCUUCUCACCCAGAUCUACCCCAAGUUGCAAGAACUUCAGAAAAGAGAAGGUGAAGCAGGAAGAAAGAAAAUUCUUCAGUAUACUCGAUAUGCUUCAGUUGGAUUUGCUAUAGUACAGGCAAUUGGCCAAGUACUCUACCUUCGCCCUUAUGUCGAUGAUUUCAGUACACAGUGGGUUCUAGCUUCUGUUACUUUAUUAACCCUUGGAUCCGUGCUUACAACUUACAUUGGUGAACGGAUUUCUGAGCUAAAACUUGGAAAUGGUACAUCUCUUUUGAUCUUCACGAGCAUCAUAUCCUACUUGCCGGCAUCUUUUGGUAGGACUGUUGCAGAGGCAUUUCAGGAUGGCAACUACAUUGGACUUGUCGCUAUCAUUUUCUCCUUUUUCUUGUUGGUGCUUAGUAUUGUGUACGUUCAGGAAGCAGAGAGGAAAAUCCCAAUUAAUUAUGCCUCACGAUACACUAGCAGAACUGGAGGGCUCCAGAAAUCUGCUUACCUACCCUUUAAGGUCAAUAGUUCAGGAGUGAUGCCAAUUAUCUUUUCUACAUCAUCGUUAGCACUUCCAGGCACUUUAGCACGCUUCACUGGUUUAGCUGCUCUGAAAAAGGCUGCAGUGGCUUUAAACCCGGGGGGUUCUCUCUAUCUCCCCACAAACAUUCUAUUGAUAGCCUUCUUCAACUACUACUACACUUUUCUACAGCUGGAUCCCGAUGAUGUGAGUGAACAGUUGAAGCGCCAAGGUGCGUCAAUCCCACUUGUUCGACCCGGUAAAAGUACGGCUGCAUUUAUUAAAACGAUUCUUAGUCGGAUAUCAGUCCUGGGAUCUGCAUUUUUGGCAAUUCUGGCUGCUGGUCCUGCUGUGAUUGAACAAACUACACACCUGACUGCAUUCCGGGGAUUUGCAGGCACUUCAGUUCUCAUUCUUGUUGGUUGUGCUACUGACACGGCAAGAAAAGUUCAAGCAGAAAUAAUAUCCCAGAAGUACAAGAACAUAGAGUUUUAUGACAUCGACAAGUAUAACCAGUAUUGAGGAAAAACAGAUUAGAGGCUGGAGUGGAUAAAAUCUUAUAGAAUGAAACUUUAUGCUUUAGUUUUCUCUUGAAUCGUGUAGUGUUGACUACCAUAUGUAUUUUACGUUUUUGGUUUACAGUUUGAUUCUGACUUACAAAUUGUACAAAAGGUUACAUGGCUGCAAUUUUCCAUGGUGUUUGGCUAAUGGAAAAUCAUAUUCUUCUUGUUGUAA